ACUCGUGAUGUUUAACUUAGGUCUCGUUACUCGGUUUCUCGUUUUGGUCCCACUUGGUAUUUCUUCAUUAGAAAUAGUAAGCUUGGUGGAAGACUGCGAUAACGAAAAAGUAGAUGAACUGUAUAAAGAUCUACAAAUGUGGUGGACCCAUGGAAAUAAUUCCAUGCUGGCGACUGCUGUCCACUGUGGCAAGUCACUUGAAAGAAGUUUAUUUGAUGUCUCUGUUACUGGAAGCAGGGAGAGAAUUACUCUCAUGUGGAUGACAUGUGAAAAAGCAGAGGAUCUCUGUAGACGAUAUGAUUUUUGGAAGAGACAUCCAGUCAUCCUUAUGGAUAUGCUUGGAAAGUGCGACAAGAACUUGUUACCCAUCCCCCGAGUUACUGUAGCCAAAGCAUUAUCCUUUAUCAUGGGUCUAGCUACCGAUUGGCUGAAGUGGGAUAACAUAGCUCUAAUCUAUGAGCCGUCAUUUGCAUCUAUUCUUCCUUCACUUCCGCUUAUUCAGAGAAGGUCGGUUUUCUUUUCCAAAGUACCAGAUGACCUGUAUACCACACAAGAGAUUUUAGAAGUGAUUUCGAAAGGUGAUAAAGUUGUCUGUCUUUGUUUUCAGAAAAUACAGGAAAUACUCUCGUUGGCCUUCUCCAGCCGUAUUAUAAAUAGGGGAAAAGACUGGUUAAUUCCUGCGUUCAAUACUAGCCUACUGGUGGAUCACAUACAAAGCUUAAUCAUGGGUAGAAGUCCAAGAAUUUUCAUUGUGAACGUCACUCAUCAGGUGUUGGCGAACGUUGUCGUGGAAGAGGUCUGCAGUCUUUAUUCGGAUUACAAGAACUGCACCGUAUCGCCAGAUUUUGGUUUCAAUAUUGUUAAGUUGACCCAGGAAGGUAAUAAAUUGCCCAUAAUGGUACAGAUGAGCGCAAGCGGAUCGAGGAAACACGGCAUUCAUAAAACAAACCCUGGCAUGGAACGAACGAGAAGACUGAGUGGACAGAGACUUAGAAUAGGAGCACGAGAAAAUCCACCGUACGUCAGUGUUGAGCAUCAAGAGGGUUACUCUUUUGAAAUCGUCAAGGUUAUGUCAGAAAUUCUCAAUUUCACGUAUGAUUUGUAUGGCGGAUAUAUAGGCUAUGGUCCUCCAAACUGGACGGACAAAGAUGAAGCAGUACGUUAUCUUCUUGGUGCCACGGCUUACGAGGAAAUAGACUUGGCAAUAUCUUCCAUCCAUAUGUCUUAUGAUAGGACCUUCUACGUCGAUUACACCAUACCCAUUGCAAAAGACGGUCAUGGAGCUAUGAUAGAAACUCCUAACAAACAGAAUUCUGGUAAUAAAUUCAAUCUGGCUUUACCUUUUGAAAGUAAUGUGUUUUUCGUGAUGACUGUUACCACAACACUAAUGGCUGUUGUUUUAACGCUGACGUCUAAGGCUCCCUCUGAAUUUCUACUGGCUGUAAAAAACAAGGAGUUAAGAUCCUUCUUUCAGAACCUAAAAUACUCUGUUUUUGAUUGUUAUGGAUAUUUGUUAUUACAAGGUAAUGAGAGUAAACCUAUUCGAUUCGGCAACAGAAUCGCCCUCUGGUGGAUAUGGGUAUUCAGUUUAAUCAUGUUCCUCAGUUUUUCCACCAAGUCUACGUCUCUGAAGGCUGUGACGUCGUAUCACCAACCCUUCGAGACAUUCGAAGAACUUUUGGACAAUAAUGAUUAUACGAUGACACUAGUUAAAUAUGGUUUCAUGCACAAAACAAUGUGGGAAGGCAAUCUGACCACAGCUGUUAAACUUCGGAAGAGAGAAAAAGAUGGAAAAGUUAGAUUUGUCUCAUCAUUUAAUGAAGGGCUCAACGUAGUUCUCAAUUCCAAAGAAAAGCACGUCUACUUUUCAUCCACUUAUACCGGAAUACAUAAAGUAAAUAAAGACCCCGCCUUCAGAACCAUCACUGUGAUUGGACCUAUGGUCAGAGAGGAUGGCCACUUCGUCAUGCCCAAGAAUUCACCUUUUAGAAAAGAAAUUGUUCGAUGUUUACAGCUGAUGAAGGAGGCGGGAGUUACAGCUAGACUCUGGUCAGAAUUGAUCCCACAAGGUCAACCAAUCAAAGUGCAACAGCAGAAGAGUGAGCCAGUAAACAUGAAGGAAGCAAUACUACCAUUUAGCAUAAUAUCUGCCAGUCUCUUUCUGAGUUUUGGAACUCUCGUAGUUGAAUUUGUGUUAGUUCGGUAUAGAAAACCGUCGUCUCAGCCAACAUAACCUUUCUUUCCAUGUUAAUUAUACAGAUAACACACAAAUAUAAUUAAGUUUUAAAUAAUUAGUAGCACCGAUUUUAACUAAAAAAUUUACAAUUUUAUCUCUGUGUACAUUUUACUAACUUACAACUUCGUUCUACUGUCUAUAGUUAAAUAAAUGUAACUUUAGUUCUUACUUUAAAAAUGUGUUAAUGUAAGUAUAAUGUAACUGAAAGGUAAGAACAAAGCUAUGUCAAUUUCCUGGACACGUAAUGCAAAA